CUCAUGCAAGCUAAAUCAUAUCAGAUAAAUAACGUUGUAGCUGGAUAUGUUGGCUGUGUGGUUUUAUAACUUAUAAAAAAGUAACUGAAGAUGAUUUGUAAAACUGCCUUUAACACUGUGGGGGCGCGUUGAUUUUAACAGUUACAUGUUACACAGCUUGCCCAAGGUAUUUUUAUUAAUUUUUUUUUGUCGUGGUUUUGCAACUAGUAUUACUUUUAGUUUACCGUGACAUUGGAGCUGUUUUGAUCUCUGCAAUCUCCAUAUCGCCUUCCUCACUGCGUUGGGAUUCUGUUGUCCGCAGCAAUGGGUCUUCUCCCAUUGGAGUUCAGUGAUUGUUACCUGGACAGCCCUGCCUUCAGGGACAGAAUGAAGGCUCAUGAAGCGGAGCUGGAAAAGACCAACAGGUUUAUUAAAGAACUUAAUAAGGAUGGGAAAAACCUCAUCACAGCAACCAAAAAUUUAUCUGUGGCCCAACGCAAGUUUGCUCAGUCACUUGGAGAAUUCAAAUUUGAGUAUAUUGGGGAUGCCAAAACUGAUGAUGAGAAAUGUAUUGAUGAAUCGCUACAUGAAUUUGCAUCUUUUCUAAAAAACUUGGAGGAACAAAGGGAAAUAAUGUUGUUUAACAUCACGGAGACGCUGCUGAAACCUCUGGAGAAGUUCCGUAAAGAGCAGCUGGGGGCUGCAAAGGAGGAAAGGAAAAAAUAUGAAAAAGACACAGAGAAGUACUACAGCGCUGUGGAAAAGGUUUUAAGUAUGUCGGCAAAGAAGAAAGAUCAACAGCUGCUGGAGGCAGACAACCAAGUGGAGGUGAUGAGACUACAUUUUCACGAAGAGUCGCUGGAAUAUGUUUGCAAACUGCAGGAAAUCCAGGAAAAGAAGAAGUUUGAUUGUGUAGAGCCAAUGCUGGCUUUCUUCCAGGCGGUUUUCACGUUUUAUCAUCAGGGAUAUGAGCUUGCACAAGACUUCAGCCAUUACAAAACAAAACUGCAGAUUAACAUUCAAAAUACAAGAAAUCGGUUUGACGGUACCAGAUCGGAAGUAGAAGAAUUGAUGAAAAAAAUCAAACAAAACCCAGAAGCACACAAGUGGAACAGCCCGCUCAGCAUUGAGGGGUACUUGUACGUCCAGGAGAAGAGGCCUCCCCCUUUCGGCUCCAGCUGGGUGAAGAAGUACUGUAUUUAUUUGAAAGAGCAGAAGAUUUUUAACAUGGUUUCAUUUGAUCACAGAUCUGGAGGGAAAACGGGGGAACCGGAGUCUUUCAUCCUGAAAUCCUGCACAAAGAAAACAGGAGAUUCUAUCGACAGGAGGUUUUGUUUGGAGCUAGAGGUAGCUGACCGACCAGGUCUCAUUAUCACCGUGCAGGCCUUGUCAGAAGAUGAUCGGAAGCAGUGGAUGCAGGCUAUGGGAGGCAAAGAACCUGUCUGUAAGUUGGGCAGAACUUAUUCAAAGAGGGAAGGAAUUGAAGCACACCUGGAUGAAAUAGGACUUUCACUUUUAAAAAAUUGUAUCGGCGCAGUUGAGUCCAGAGGGAUUACUGAUCAGGGGCUGUACAGAGUCGUUGGCGUUAGUUCCAGGGUGAUGAAGCUUGUGGGGCUAUUAAUGGAUGAAAAGACAUACAGAGAAGUUGACCUCUCUUCUUCUGAUGAAUGGGACAUAAAAACAGUAACUAGUGCACUAAAGCAAUAUUUAAGAGUUCACUCGGUGUGUGAAGUUCAUCAUACAAGGAGUCUUCCAGAACCACUGAUGACCUACAAGUUAUUCAAAGCAUUCAUCGUCCCUGCCAAAUGUGACAGUCCGGAGUCCAGAGUAAAUGCAAUACAUUAUUUGGUUUAUAAACUUCCAGAGAAAAACCUGGAGAUGUUGGGAAUGAUAAUAAAACACUUAGCCAAUGUCUCUGCUAACUGCAAACAGAAUCUAAUGACGGUAGCAAAUUUAGGAGUGGUGUUUGGGCCUACACUGAUGAGACCUGAAGAGGAAACUGUGGCUGCAAUUAUGGACCUCAAGUUCCAGAAUAUUGUGGUGGAAAUUCUGAUAGAAAACCAUGAGAAGAUUUUCGGGAGCGCACCAGAUGGAUCUCCCACCAAAUCUGUGGCCUUGUCUUCUUCUGAGCCCAGUGCCCCGCCCAGGCUGUCCAAGAGACAGAACUCCCAUCAGAACCGGCCUCUAGCGGUGUAUAACCCCAGUGUGGAGUUCCAAGCUGCUGAUUGUCCCAACCCUGUGAAGGACGAGACCUUGAUGGGAAGCACAGGUUCUGUUUCCUCUCAGUCUUCCACUGCUACCACUUCAUCUACCUCCGGCAGCCCUCCCGAGGACACUAAGAAUCAUUUCACUACCAACGGAGGAGACCUUGUGGACUGGGCUAGCAUUUCCCACCCUUCAGCGGUUCCACAGAUUAAUGCUUCAUCGCUCACCACCCCUACUGCUUCAUCGCCAGCCGCCACCUUCUCGCCCGAAGGAACUAACAAUGACAAGCCGGGAGACAGUGUCACAUACAGGAAAGCCAAAGCGGUAUUUUCUUGUGAAGCAGAGCACGACUCAGAGUUAUCAUUCCCCGUCGGAGCAAUAUUUGAAGAUGUGACUUCUUCCAAAGAACCGGGAUGGCUGGAUGGAACACUUGAUGGAAAACGCGGACUUAUUCCAAAAAACUAUGUUGAGUUUCUAUAGCCGAAACGCUGGUGAUAUUGAGUAUAUACAUGGUAUCCAUGAUCUUCAGUAGUGACCCCCCCCCCCCUUUUUUUUUUUUCUUUAAGACUCACUUUUGCAUAUAUUGAUAUGCCUUCAAACAUGCCACUAGAACCAUGUGUUUCCCCAAACUGCCAAAUAUAAAUACCAUGUUGUCUUAUGUCAGUCUUAAAAUAAAGACCAGCUUUGAAGAAAUAAAGGUUGGAAUAUAGAGAAAAUAUAUAUAAGCAUUUUAAUUUUUUUUUUUUUUUAUCUAUACUUUGUAAUUUAUAUUUUAAUCAAAGUAACAUUUUAGCAUAAUUCAUUAUUCUUUCUCUUUUGAAAAUUUUAUUUGUAUAGAUGUAGGUAAGAAUUCUUUUAAAGUCUGUAAUGUUGUGCAUGGGUUUAUCUUACUUGUCUAUAUAUCUACCAUGUUUGUUUCACUGGAGCAGAUUGCAGCUAUUACACAAGACAUACGUGCCACAAGUUGUAAGGACAAAUAUAAUUAUAAAUCUGUACUUUUGCUUUGUAAGAUUUUUCUAGUUAGACUUCAUGUUGACUUUUGAGCUGGUAUAUGUAGGUGCUGGUUGAGCUCAAAACAUUUUUGUUCUAUAUAUUCAAAGAAAAUCUCAAACAUUUAGGUCUUUUUUUGUAUACAGUAUUUUGUAUUGCAGUGUUAAGUUAUUUAUAUUGUACAUGUUAAAUCCAAAUCCUUGUUUUUCAGAAAAUUGCAAAGCAGUAGCUACAGUAUUUGCAAAGUGUGAAUUAAUAAUCAGAUUAAAAAGUGCUUAUUUAUGGCUGGAGGACUAAGCACAGACAGUACAUGGGGGUUUUAGUAUGAAGUACCUGGUAAAUUCACUAGUUUACUUCCACACAAAGGGACCCCCUCCCCCCCUUUUCAUAAGCCCCUAUUGAUAUCUGCAGGAUCUUUUAUAUUGGUAUCUUUGGUUUCGUGCACAGAAUUUACUACACAAUAAUAAAUGCAUGUGAAGCUCCAGUUUGGGAACUUAGGCUAUUAAUUUCCAUGAUUCCUGUGGUACCACACAAAUUAACAUACUAUUUUUGAUGUUAACUUAAGCUCUGUAGUUCUUUUUAUUCUUUUUUGUGGGCUCGCAUCAGAGAUAAUUGUUGGAAUAUUGUUAAUGCACAGCAACUGGUGUAGUUUGGAUUU